UACACAAUGCAAACAAAACAUGAUGGUGAUGGGGUUAAUGGGGAAAUCUCUGGGGCAGUGGUGUAGCUAUAGAGGUCGCAACGGUCGCCAUGGCGACUGGGCCCCUUAGCCAGGGGGACCCGCAUGAUGGCCGGCCGCCAUCAUAAGUACUUAUGUUAUUGUCCUGGUGGGACAUUCUUCAAGUCCAAGUGCGGCCGCUGCUGCAAAAUGUUCCCAUACUGCAGCAGUGGAGUCAAGAUGAGGGCCCGGGGCCCGCUCCGAACAUAUCCCGGAAUGGGCGGGGACAGCGCAGAGGAAUCAUCACGCCCUGGCCCCGACUGUCCCGCCCUUGCUUUGCCGCAUUGUGAGUGGAGAUGAGGAGGAGGGGCGGGGCACGCACGAGGCCCGUCCAGGAAGCUCUGCCCGAAGCCGUCCGCCUAUCCUAUACUGCCGAUGUGUCUCACCUCACACCAACACUUCAUCCAGUUCCCUUCUGGCUUUCAUGGACAUUUCAGAAGCCAUAUUCGCAAUGAUAUAUGUCAGGCAUAUCGCAUGGAAGCAAAACCACCGCCUCCGAAAGCCUUCUCCAAACGAAUAAAAGAACAUCCAACAAAACAUAUAUUCUCCAUGCAUGACAACCGACACAUAUUCCCCAGUUCUGUGUUUUCUUUUGAAAAUGGAUUGGGAAAGAAAAAACUACUCAAGCAUAGAGAGUCCUAUAACUUUACACACUGGGUCCCUCUGGAAGAGGAAUUGAAGAGGCAAAAACCUUUCAUCAGCACGUAUCGAAGUGAUUUUUGGAGAAAAGAUGAUGAGACGGGGAACGUAGUACCUCAGAUUUUGGUUCCCAGGUUGACCCGGGCUACUUCAGCCUCAUGUUCAGGGUUGACGACCUACAGACAAAUGUUGAGAAGCCAUAGUAAUCUACAAGCUUCACAGAACUCAACCACAAUGGACAUUACCCUGAUUUCUAACAACAGCAGAGCAGGAGGGACUGGACCAUCGCUGCAGAGAUCUAUGUCUGCUCCAUAUAAGCGCCUAACCGUAUCUGACUGCCUUGUUUGGCGUACUCCAGAGAGCAUUAAAAAAGAAAACAUUCAAACCACUGAGGUGCUUUAGCAGUAUACUUUAUACCCUUUCUAAAACAAUUACCAUAAUUUAUUAAUAAAAUGUAAUGAC